ACAGGUGGUUGUGUGCUAGAGGCAAGAACUUCCAAUCAUGAUUUAGAACACUGUCAUAUUCCUAGCUCCUCUGUCUUAAUCCCUGGAAGAUCUUGGGCCAGUCCCUUCACCUUUUCACCACUGAGAACUUUGGUACCCCUAUCUGCAAAUUAGGAAUGAAUUAGGGUCAAAAAGACCAAGGGCUUGGCAGCACUUUGCAAAUUGCUGAUUCAAACGUGAUUUCCUUUUUCCCAGUCUGCAAACCACAUACCUCCCCAGCCCUCACUUUCACUUCCAGGCUGGCAUAGCUGGCAGGACUCCAAGGCAAGGCAUAGGUAUAUUCUAAUCUGCCCAGCCCACAGACUUGAUGAGUUCUUUUUCCCCUGCUCCGGGGACUUUCCUAACUUCCUUCUGUAAACGAAGGAGCAAGCACAUGAGCACAGUGUAUAUAAAUACGCUUGGGAAAGCUUUUCUUUUUCUCCUUAGCCCAAACUUAGUUUCUGUUGUAGGCGGUGCAUUCCCUGGCAGGGCAGGGCCACAGUGUGUCGUCGACAGGGAGGGGGAAGGAGAGGGGGAGGAGUAGGCAGAGGGAUGAAUUCACCCUCUGUGAGAAGCUGGGCUUCUAUUUAAUGGGGGGUCUCUCUGCUAACGAAGACUCAGAGGCACCUCCAGAGCCGGCAUGGAAACAGCCAGCGUGGAAAUGCUGCCCGAGGAAGGCAGCCACCGGCUCAAAGCCAGAGCCGGGCUGGAGGCCAGGAGUGGCAGCCUGCACUGGGCUGUCACCUGCUGCCUCGUGUCGCUCCCCAUCCUCGGGGGACUCACCACCUACCUGCUCGUUGGCCAGCUGCGGGCCCAAGGGGAAGCCUGCAUGUUCCAGACUCCAAAAGGACAGGAGUUUGGAUCAUCACAUCAGCGAGCUUACGCACCUCUCAGAGCUGAUGGAGAUAAGCCAAGGGCACACUUGACAGUUGUGAGACAAACAUCCACACAGCACUUGAGAAAUCAGUUCCCAGCUCUGCAUUGGGAACAUGAACUUGGCUUAGCCUUCACCAAGAACCGGAUGAACUAUACCAAUAAAUUCCUGUUGAUACCAGAGUCGGGAGACUACUUUGUUUACUCACAGGUCACAUUCCGAGGGACCACAUCCGAGUGUGGUGAAAUCAACCAGCGGAGCCGACUGAGCAAGCCAGACUCCAUCAUUGUUAUCAUCACCAAGGUAACAGACAGCUAUCCUGAGCCAACCCAACUCCUAACGGGGACCAAGUCAGUGUGUGAAAUAGGCAGUAACUGGUUCCAACCCAUCUACCUGGGGGCUGUGUUCUCCUUGCAAGAAGGGGACAGGCUGGUGGUGAACGUCAGUGACAUCUCUUUGGUGGAUUACACAAAAGAAGACAAAACCUUCUUCGGAGCCUUCUUGCUAUAGAGGCAACAGACAUGACAUGUGUGAAGAUCCUCUACCACCUAGUUCCUAAUUUUCUUCCUCUGUAUGUCGUUACAACUAGAGGUUUUCUUGGGAGCAGGGCAGGUUAGAGGGCAUUCUGCAGAGACAGUAGUUUAGCUAUGAAAUUUAGGACCCAAAAGUUAACUGUUGAAAAGCCUUAACUGAUAACAAUACUAAUUGGAAAAAAGGCAGAAGAGAACAUUGUCGUGGCUGCUUGGAGGAGUGGUAAGUUUCUAAACAUUAAAACAUUGAUCUACUCAGUCAGGAAUUGAAGAGGAAUGUUUCCACACCUUGGUUAUUGUCCCUUUUGAUCCUGAAGUUUUUGCUUCAGUUCAGGAACAUUGAGCAAAGUCCAAAGUCCAUGGAGAACAAUGUAAGCCCCUCAAAGGCAAAAUCCUUAAUCAGUUUCCCCAAACAUUUUCAUGCCUUGCCUAAAAAUAUGGAAAGAAAAUUGGUAUUUCUCAUGAAUCUUCUCAAAAAAGGAACUGGUUUUCAUCCUUUCAUAGCAUAUAUCUUGAGCCCUGUUGGGUGCCAGCCACUACCUUUACUCAAAAGAUACAAUAGGGGACAAAACAGACUCUUCUCAAAAACCGUAUAAAUACUGCUAGAUGCUUCCUGAUCAAGUA